CACGACUGAUCCAUCUCUUCUUUUCUAUCAUCAUGCUGAUGUUCAUAUGUAUAUUCUAGUCUAUGUUGAUGACAUCUUACUCACGGGAUCAAAUCAUUCUUCUAUUGCAAAGCUUGUGGCUGAUCUGCAUACCAGAUUUAAUAUGAAGAAUCUCGGUCCGGUAUCCUACUUCCUUGGCUUGCAGGUCACUCAACAACCAAAUGGUAUUCAUCUAAAUCAGUACAAAUAUGCUGCAGAUCUACUCAACAGAGCCGGUAUGUCUGAAUCCCGACCAGUAAACACGCCUUUACCCCUUAAACUCUCGGUUUCACCUGAAAAUUCGGUUCCCUACUCUCAUCCGGAGCUAUACCGGACUCUGGUUGGUUCUUUACAUUAUCUGAUGUUAAGCUGCCCUGAUAUUAUGUUUGAUGUUAAUGUUUUAUGUCAGCAUAUGCAUCAUCCUCAGCUUUUCCAUUUUCAACUACUUAAGCGGCUUCUCAAAUAUAUUAAAGGCACCAUACAUUAUGGUUUGCCCAUUUUACGGUCUACAUUGCACCUUACUGCCUUUUCUGAUUCCGAUUGGGCAUCUGAUUCAACUGAUAGAAAAUCAAUUACUGGCUACUGUGCAUUCUUAGGUGAAACCUUGAUUUCAUGGAUUGUUAAGAAAUAA